CUACAUUAGAAUUUGUAGUUAAAUUAAUUGAGCCACUAAAAUCACUGAACGGAUUUUAUCAAAUUUGUAUGAUCUAAAAUAUUGUUCUUUUUACAUGGUUUUAUAAACAUAUUAAUCAUUACUAAUUUAGUAUUAACACAUUAAUUUUAGUAUUUACUACAAGUACAUUACAGUAGGUGUAAGGUGCACAAGAUUUUAGGUAUUUUAAACUUGUAUGUCAUAACAUAAUCUAAAUUAUUUUUGUACUACUUAAAUUUGAGUCAAAAUGAAUCCUUGUACAAUUCCUGAGAUUCCUAUUGAUAUACAAGGAGACAACAGAUGGAUGAGCCAGCAUGAACGUCAUGUAUCUGAAGCAAAAGAACGUGAACCUGAUGUUAUUAUGAUUGGAGAUUCCAUUAUUCAAAAGUUACAGUCAAGUCCUAUAUGGAAUGAUUUAUUUGAACCUCUCCAUUGUUUAAAUUUUGGUAUUGGUGGUGAUCUUACCCAAGGAGUAUUAUGGAGAAUCCAAAGUGGGAUUCUUGAUAAUAUUAAACCUAAAGCGUGUGUUCUUCAUGUUGGUACAAACAAUUUUGGUAAUACUCCUGAUGAAAUAUCGGAAGGUAUUUUAACCAUUAUCAAAGAAAUCAAAUCCAAGCUUCCGGAAUGCUAUAUCAUCUUGUUGGAUUUAUUACCUCGUGGAGCAAGGCCUAAUCCUUUACGUGUUCGUAACUCUAAAGUCAAUGAAAUUAUGCAUGAAAAAGUAAAGUCAAUUUCUCGGUUAGAAGUAAUCACAGUCAAUACAGGUCUGUUACAAUCAGAUGAUACAUUGAGUGCUCAAGAUAUGCUUGAUUAUCUACAUCCAACUGAUACAUGUUAUCGUAAAAUAUUUGAACCUGUACAUGAAUUGCUCUUACAAAUUCUUGGAGAAGCUAAAGAUCUUGACAAGAAUUAAUUGGAACUCAAUAGAUAUUAUUUUAUAUUCACACAAAGAAAGCAAAAGCAUUUUGUAUUGUGAUUCUUUAGUUUCAUAUUUUCUUGUUAUUUAUGAUUUUCAUCAUUUCAUGGGGCUUUGAUAUUUUCAAAUUUUGUUCCUAAUUUAAUUGUAUAGACUGUUUUUUUUUUGGGGGGGGGGAGGGAUUAAGAGAUGC